AUGCCAAACAAAGUCGUGGAAACACCUUACCCUCUUAUCGAUGCCGAUCCCCACUUCUCGCGCGUAAUGCGCUACAUGCGCCCGUCCGACUAUGCUGUCUGGGCCGGCGCGACUGGUGCUUUCCCUGCCGCUCUCUACUUCUGGGAAAUGGCGGACCACAGUAGGGCAAAGAUGAGACUACCUCUCCGUCUCGGGGGCGUCCUCGGGUUCAUCGGCGGCUUCUUGCUGUCAUACCAGCGAUCGAGUUUCCGCUUCUGGGGCUGGACCGAGAAUAAAGCGGAGGAAGAGAGGGAUUUCGCUGAGUUGUCGCAGCGCGCUCGGGAUGGGCUACCUCUGUACGGCGAGUCUCUGCAGCCUGAAUGGGUACAGGGUGCAGCAUAUAGAAAUUCUGCGUUCUCGCAACUCAAAUUCCAAUCCUUCCCCAUGUUUAAUCUGGUGAAUCACCCCCAUCACGGAACGGACCCCGCGAAAUACGGUGUUAAAACAUCAGAAACUCAGGAGAAAAGCUCAAACUAG